AUAGAUAGAUAUAUACGUACACACACACAGUAUUAAGUUUCCAAAUAAUAUAGUUUUUAAUAAAACAAAUUCAAACUCGUCGCCUCUCCUCCUCACAGCCGUUCUCUCGGCUUUCUUGGUGCUCGAGCGCCCCUUUGUGGCUCAAACUCAUAAUAACGGUCGAAGUGAGUGAAGACACUGAGCUCUAGGUUUUGUGAAUGGAGGCUGUUCUGCUGUGAGUAUAUCGGGGUGCUCUGUGCUCCCCUCGUUAAUGAUCGCGUUGCUAUAGGUUUUGUGAAUGGAGGCUGUUCUGCUGUGAGUAUAUCGGGGUGCUCUGUGCUCCCCUCGUUGAUGAUUAUAAUUGUGUUGCAGACUCAAAACACAGCUAACGGAGGAACAAGUGAUUUAAGACACAGACAUGGACAGGACUCCAAGGACAAGAAACAGUCCAGCUGAACCACCUGCUCUGUCAGAAGACCAUGACAGAGAGCAGGACGAGGAGGAGACGGAGAGGAGGGAGGACGAGGAGGAAUUGGAGAGACUGAGGAGGGAGGAGGAGGAGAGACUGAGGAGGGAGGAGGAGGAGAGACUGAGGAGGGAGGAGGAGGAGAGACUGAGGAGGGAGGAAGAGAGACUGAGGAGGGAGGAGGAAGAGAGACUGAGGAGGGAGGAGGAGGAGAGACUGAGGAGGGAGGAGGUGGAGAAACUGAGGAUGGGGAUGGAGGAACUGAGGAGGGAGAUGAAUGAGGUGAAACUGUGGAGGGUGAUGGAGGAACUGAAGAAAAUAAAGGAGGAGAAACUGAGGAAGGAGCUGGAGGAGGAACUGAAGAGCGAGAAGGAGAGACUGAGGAAGGAGCUGGAGGAGAAACUGAAGAGGGAGAAGGAGAGACUGAGGAAGGAGCUGGAGGAGAAACUGAAGAGGGUGAUGCAGGAGGGACGGGGGAGGGAACUGGAGCAGAAACUGAGGGAUGAGAUGGAGAAACUGAGAACGGAGGGGGGGAGUAUGUGUAAUAUUUCAUGAUAGAUGUUGUCACAAAGAUUGGGUAAGAACAAUAGGGGUGCAUUGCUACAACAAAAUGGGACCAUCAUCAUCAUCAUAAUAAUAAUAAUAAUAAUAAUAAUAAUAAUAAUAAUAAUAAUAAUAAUAAUAGCACUUGUGGCAGGGCUGUUGGGACCUUUACAGGUCAUGCAGGGUUAUGAGCUCCACUGUAUAACUGUUCAUAUUUGUGUAUCAAGUCAGUAUAAUUGUUUUAAGAUGUGUUCAUAGUAACAUUUAGUAUUUAGGCUCCAAGUAAACAAGACCACGCAAAAAGGUGUGUUGUGUCUCUAUAGCAGCCUGAGAACAAAUAUCCAUUUAUAAUUCUUAUAAUCUCGUAAAUCCUUUUUUUUUUAUCAGUAUUUUUAUUCACUACCGUAUGAAUAAAUACUUAGAAAUAGAAAUAAAUAAAUCAAUAAUGUUU